ACAUGAGGUGAAUAUCCGCGACUCUCCCACGUUGGAAAAAUCCCUUAAUUCUCUUUUAAAAAACGCGUCUCUGCAUGAAGUCAGAGGACCUGGUCGUCGCAGCGGGUUUUUCACCUUCCCGAGUCCAGCGGGGGCAGGAACUCAUCCACACAUGAGGAAGAUGUCAGCAGAUGCAGUCAGACCCUAGGUGACAUCCUGUGGCCGUCAGGUCUGUACGGUGUUGAGCCCCCUCCCUCUCCUGGCCCCUGCCUGCAGUUCUUCAGGCUGCGGGACCCAGACUCACUGAAAAGUGCAGGCCUCCCCUCCCCAGCAGAAUGACUGUGGCCACAGGCGACCCCUCUGAUGAGGCGGCUGCACGCCCGGGGCACCCGCAGGACUACGACCCGGACGCGGACCAUGAGUGUUGUGAGAGGGUGGUCAUCAACAUCUCAGGGCUGCGCUUUGAGACGCAACUCAAAACCCUCUCCCAGUUCCCAGAGACUCUGCUGGGGGACCCCAAAAAGAGGAUGCAGUACUUUGACCCGCUGAGGAACGAGUACUUUUUCGACAGGAACAGACUCAGCUUUGACGCCAUAUUGUAUUAUUACCAAUCAGGGGGCCGGCUAAGAAGGCCGGUCAACGUCACCCUCGAUAUUUUCUCAGAGGAAAUUCGCUUCUACGAGCUGGGUGACGAGGCCAUCGAGAUCUUCAGAGAAGACGAGGGUUUCGUCAAGGAGGAAGAGCGGCCCCUUCCUGAUAACGAGUUUCAGAGACAGGUGUGGCUGCUGUUCGAGUACCCAGAGAGCUCAGGUCCUGCUAGGAUUAUUGCCAUAAUCUCUGUCAUGGUCAUCCUGAUAUCUAUUGUCAGUUUCUGCCUGGAGACCCUCCCCGUUUUCCGCAACGAUGAUGGCGACAUGCACAAGUUUCAAGAGUCUAUCUAUUCACCUGAGACAAACACCACAGUCAUCAAGUACACUAACACCUACUUCACCGACCCCUUCUUCAUCCUGGAGACUCUGUGCAUUAUAUGGUUCUCCUUUGAGUUCCUGGUGCGCUUCUUCGCCUGCCCCAGCAAAGCAGGCUUUUUUGGUAAUAUAAUGAACAUCAUUGACAUUGUUGCCAUCAUCCCUUACUUCAUCACCCUUGGCACAGAGCUGGCCGACACGCCAGAGGAUGGUCUAGCGGGUCAGCAAGCCAUGUCUUUAGCCAUUCUCAGGGUCAUCCGCUUAGUGCGAGUCUUCAGAAUUUUCAAGCUCUCUCGUCACUCCAAAGGCCUUCAGAUUCUGGGUCAGACCCUGAAAGCCAGCAUGAGGGAGCUCGGCCUUCUCAUCUUCUUCCUCUUCAUCGGGGUCAUCCUUUUCUCCAGUGCAGUCUACUUCGCUGAAGCGGAUGAGCCCGAGUCGCAGUUCGAGAGCAUCCCGGAUGCGUUUUGGUGGGCUGUGGUGUCCAUGACCACAGUCGGCUACGGGGACAUGGUCCCGACUACCAUCGGUGGGAAGAUUGUGGGCUCCCUCUGCGCCAUCGCUGGCGUGCUGACCAUUGCCUUGCCGGUGCCUGUCAUCGUCUCCAACUUCAACUACUUCUAUCAUCGAGAGACUGAAGGCGAAGAGCAGGCUCAGUACCUGCAGACCAACGUGGCCAAGACCGAUUCAGCGGAGGAGCUGAAGAAGAGCCGGAGCGGCUCCACCAUCAGCAAGUCGGACUAUAUGGAGAUUCAGGAGGUCGUGAAUAACAGCAACGAAGACCUUCAGGAGGAGAACCUCAAGACAGCCAACUGCACCCUGGCCAACACAAACUAUGUCAACAUCACCAAAAUGCUCACAGACGUGUAACCGUCGGCUGUUUUCCUCCGUGUGACAGCGGGAACUUUGGAGCUGAGCAGCUGGGUGGGACUGGUGUUCGGCCUCCCACCUCAGGUGUGCUGGAAAAAUCAAGGCAAUAGAAUUCAGGAUGUUAAUGAUGAUGCUGAUAACGAUAGACAGUGAUUAAUAUGACAUAGACCAUUCGCUCACCCUGCGCUCAU